ACAGGUGUUUUUGUCCUCUCCUUGUUCCGUCCCCAGGCACCUCCCAGCCCUGCAUCCAAAGGAUGGGGACCCAGGAGGACCACACAGCUCUAGCCCAGGAGACUGAGGGUGCCACCCUCUCCAGGGCACCCCCAGAGUCCCCCAAGAUAGACAUGCUCUACAAGCUUGAGGAUGUGCCUCCCUGGUAUCUCUGCAUUCUCCUGGGAUUCCAGCACUACCUGACCUGUUUCAGUGGCACCAUUGCUAUUCCUUUUCUUCUCGCGGAUGCUCUAUGUGUGGGCAAAGAUCAGUACAUGGUCAGCCAGAUCAUUGGCACCAUCUUCACCUGUGUGGGCAUCACCACCCUCAUCCAGACCACUCUGGGCGUCCGGCUACCCCUGUUUCAGGCUAGUGCCUUUGCCUUCUUGGUCCCAGCCCAAGCUAUCCUGUCCCUGGAGAAGUGGAGAUGUCCCCCAGAAGAGGAGAUCUAUGGUAACUGGAGUUUACCCCUGAACACAUCACAUAUUUGGCAGCCACGAAUGAGAGAGAUCCAGGGGGCAAUCAUGGUGUCCAGCACAGUAGAGGUGAUAAUUGGGCUUUUGGGGCUGCCAGGAGCCCUGCUCAGCUACAUCGGGCCCCUCACGGUCGCCCCCACUGUCUCCCUCAUCGGCCUCUCCGUCUUCCAAGCUGCUGGAGAUCGGGCUGGAUCUCACUGGGGCAUCUCAGCCUUCUCCAUUCUCCUGAUUAUCCUCUUCUCCCAAUAUCUCCGAAAUGUUGCCUUCUGCUUGCCUGGCUACAAAUGGGGCAAAGGCUUCACUCUCUUCCGGAUCGAGAUCUUCAAAAUGUUUCCUAUCGUCCUGGCCAUCAUGACCGUUUGGUUGUUCUGCUAUAUCCUGACGCUGACUGACGUGCUGCCUGCGGACCCCAAUGCCUAUGGUUUCAAGGCUCGGACAGAUGCCCGUGGGGAGAUCCUGUCCAUUUCACCCUGGGUCCGCGUCCCCUACCCCUGUCAAUGGGGCAUCCCUAGUGUGACUGCAGCUGCUGUUCUGGGCAUGUUCAGUGCCACAUUGGCGGGCAUCGUCGAGUCUAUUGGAGAUUACUACGCUUGCGCCCGACUGGCUGGGGCCCCUCCACCCCCUGUUCAUGCCAUCAACAGGGGGAUCUUUACCGAGGGCGUCUGCUGUAUCAUUGCGGGACUGCUCGGGACCGGUAAUGGCUCCACUUCCUCUAGCCCCAACAUUGGCGUCCUGGGCAUCACCAAGGUGGGGAGUCGAAGGGUGGUCCAGUACGGGGCAGGCAUCAUGCUGAUUCUGGGAAUGAUCGGCAAGUUCACGGCUCUCUUUGCUUCCCUCCCUGACCCUAUCCUGGGUGGCAUGUUCUGCACUCUCUUUGGGAUGAUCACUGCAGUGGGCCUGUCCAAUCUGCAGUUUAUUGAUAUGAAUUCUUCCCGAAACCUCUUUGUCCUGGGAUUCUCCAUGUUCUUUGGACUGAUGCUGCCUAACUACCUGGAUUCCAACCCCACUGCCAUCAACACAGGUGUUCCUGAAGUGGACCAGAUCUUGACUGUGCUGCUAACGACAGAGAUGUUCGUGGGUGGUGCUCUGGCCUUUAUCUUGGAUAAUACUGUCCCAGGGAGCCUGGAGGAAAGGGGACUGGUACAGUGGAAAGCUGGAGCUCAUGGCAACAGUGAGACAUCUGCAAGUCUGAAGAGCUAUGACUUUCCUAUUGGCAUGAACACAAUCCGAAAGAUGGCCUUCUUGAAGUACAUCCCUAUCUGUCCUGUCUUCAAGGGCUUUUCUCCAAAGACCCGAGACCAGCUUCCUGCUCCAGAAGACAAUCCAGAAAACACAGACAUCCUAUCUCUGAGCACCAAGGUCUGAAAACGUGAUCUCUGGGGAAGGCUCUCCUCAGUCCUGCAAGCGCACAAACCAGAGGACAAAGCAUAAGGGAGCAAAGGGAUGCCUCUGAAUUCACAAAUUCUUCUACCAACUCUUGACAUGGCAACUGAUGAAGAGAAAGGCAUCAGGAUGCACUCCAGGGCCUGGGACACCUGGGCCUGCUAGACGGAAUCUGGCUUUUAGGUUACCAGCUAAAAGCUGUACAUUGUUAUAUACACAAUGAUAUCCUGUGGCAAGAGUUUUAAUACCAUUUUCAUUUCUUGGUCAGGAUGUAUUCCCCCCACCCAAAGUAAAAAUACAAAAAACUCCAUGUCAUAAAUAGUCUGAAAUGCAUACAUAUCUUUUGGCAUCUAUAAAGAAAUAAGAUCAUUCGUAUUUUACGCAAUACGCAUAGGCAUUCAAGUUGAACAAUCCAAACACCGUACUGUAGAGUCAUAACGAGUGACAUCCAAAAUUGUGUUCUUUAUACCUAGGCACUUCCUUGCUUAUUGACUGAAUCAGUAACACAGCUCUAAACAGGCAGACACAUCAACAAACUACUCGGAAUAAAAGUAUUUGUUCCAGCAAUAGUUCUGUGUUUAUUGUAACAAAGGACACACUUACACUGUAAAUUUCAGUGUUCUCUAGUAGCCCUUCAGAAUAGUACUCAAGUUGCAAGUGAUGUUUCAGAGACUGGGAGUGAAUUCCAGAGUGGCUAGGGGUUGUAAAUAGGAUAGAAAAGCUGCCAUUCAGUCCUCAC